AUGCCCCGGUUGUCAAACGAUUUUUUAUACCCAGAAGAGAUUGAAAAGGGUUAUAAGAAAGAGGACUUGCUACAAAACUUUCGGAACUACAUUGAACAUGCUACCCGAGUGCAAAAAGAAUAUAAUAGUAAAAGUGGAGUCAAGCUACUCGUUGGAUUUGAAAUUGAGGGUUUAGAUGACGAACAUAUCUCUUUCAGCGAUGAAAUACUUAGCCAGUAUCCAAUAAAUAUGACAGUGGGGUCAGUUCACUAUCUUCAUAAAAUACCAAUUGAUUUUUCUGCUGAACUUUGGCUUGAAGCUAGGGAUCAAUCAAAGGAUAAAACAGCAAGAGGGUUAUAUAAAGACUAUUUUGAUUUACAAUUCGAAGUGAUAAGUAGAUUAAAACCUAAUGUGAUUGGGCAUUUCGAUUUAAUUCGCUUAUUUGAACCAAAAGAUGAAAUUGAUCCAACCACCGGUAUAAAGAUUCGUGAUAUAAAUCUUGAAAAAGACUGGCCUGAGGUUUGGGAAGGCAUUGUAAAGAAUAUAAAAUUUGCAGUAAAUUAUGGUGCUUUAUUUGAACUCAAUUCCGCUGCAAUUAGAAAGGGGUGGGAUUCACCGUAUCCUAAAAAGGAUAUCAGUUUAAUAAUCAAAGGCAAUGGUGGCCGUUUUUGUCUUUCGGAUGAUUCUCAUGGACUUAAACAAGUUGGAUUAAACUUCCAUAAAGUUCGUGAUUAUGUAGUUAAUGAGUUAAAGCUACUGGACAUUUACUAUUUAGAUUUAGACAAAGGAAGGACAGUAGUAAAGCUGAUUUCUAUAGACGAAUUUGAGAAAUCUAACUUUUGGCAGCAAUAUGAAAAUUUGCCAUAA